AUGCUUUCCCACCCCCCUCCCUACCUCCGCCUGCUCGGCCUUAGCCACUUCCUGGCGGGUUAUCUGAGGCUUCCCAGCUGGCCAAUCCAAGACUUCCCCUCAAGCCAAUCCGCAGCUUCCUGGUGGGCCAAUUCGCUGCUUCCCGGUGAUCCCAUCCGCCACUUCCUAGCAGGGCGCAACCUAGAUAAAAAGGAUGUGGAGUUAAAGCUGGUGAAUGGAAGUAACCAAGGUGAAGGAGUGGUGAAUAUCAAAGUCUACGAUCAGUGGGGAACUGUGUGUCAUCAUAAAUGGGAUACUAAUGAUGCUGCUAUUGUUUGCAAUCAGCUGGGUUGCCCCUCUGUGAUUCACACAAAUUUUUAUCCUAAUGCUACUGUUUCAUCUGAGAAAAUCUGGGUUUAUGAUAUGUCCUGCUUUGGAAAUGAGUCAGCGCUCUGGAAAUGCAAAUACCAUGGAUUGGGAGAAAAUAAUUGUUAUAAUAAUUUGGCUGCUGGAGUUAUCUGUUCUGAUGGGGCUGCUCUAGAUCUGAGGCUUGUGCGAGGAAGUAACCACUGUGUGGGGAGAGUAGAGUUGAACGUUCAAGGAAUGUGGGGUACCAUAUGCAACCGUAACUGGAACCAUGCUGCUGCUGAUGUAGUUUGCAAGCAGUUGGGAUGUGGAACAGUGCUUGGCUUCCCUGGCUUGCCUCAUUUAGGAUCAGGUUCUGGUCCUAUAUGGUAUGACGAUGUCUCUUGCUUCAGUAAUGAAUCUUUUCUUUGGGACUGCAGACAUUCUGGAUGGGAAAAUCAUAAUUGUCUUCACCAUAAAGAUGUGUCUGUGAUCUGCUCAGAUGGAGCAGAUUCGGACCUGAGGCUAGUAGAUGGAAGCAGCAAUUGCUCAGGGAGAGUAGGAGUCAGAAUGCAUGGACUGUGGUGGACAAUAUGUAGCAAUGGAUGGAAUGAUGAACAAGCCACUGUCGUUUGUGAACAACUAGGAUGUCCAUUUGUUGUCCAUAGCAGUAGCCAUGCUAAACCUAGUAAUGAAUCUAGAGAAAUUUGGAUAAACAAUAUCUCUCAUACUGGAAAUGAAUCUGCUCUCUGGGACUGCAUAUAUGAUGAAAAAGCUAAGGAAGAUUGUGCCCGAAGAUCAGAUGCUGGAGUGACCUGUUCUGAUGGGUCAGAUCUGGACAGAAGACUCAUGGAUGGAGAUGGUCAUUGUUACGGGAGAUUGGAGGUGAAAAACCAAGGAGAAUGGGGGACUGCGUGUCAGGACAAAUGGAGCACAAAGAAUGCAGCGGUUGUGUGUAUACAAUUGGGAUGUGGGAAUCCUGUCCAUUUAUUUCAUAUGACCCAUUUGAAGGAAACAUCUGGACCUAUUUGGCUGGAUGAUGUUUCUUGUAUUGGAAAUGAGUCACCCCUCUGCUACUGUAAACACCGUGGAUGGAGAAAGCAUAACUGUGUUCACAGAGAAGAUGUAAUAGUGUCCUGUUUAGGUACUGUUUCACAUGGGAAUCUGAGGUUGACAGAUGGCAAUGGCCGGUGUUCAGGAAGACUGGAGGUGAAAUUUGCAGGAGAGUGGGGCAUAGUAUGCAAUGACAAUUGUGACGAUAUUGAUGCUGCUGUGGUGUGUGGCCAGCUAGAAUGUCCAUCUUCUAUCAUUGGCAGUGGUCUGGGAAAUGCUUUUAUAGGGAUUGGAAAAAUUUGGCUGGAUGAUGUUUCCUGUUAUGGAGAUGAGUCAGCUCUCUGGGAAUGCAGGCACCGUGGGUGGGGAAAUCAUGACUGCACUCAUGAAGACGAUGUUGGAGUGACUUGUAUUGAUGAAUCAGAUAUGGAGCUGAGGCUUGUGGGUGGAGGCAGCAGGUGUGCUGGCAGAGUCGAAGUAAAAGUCCAGGGCAUUGUGGCCCUCCCAUGUAUUCACCGCUGGGAAAUGAACAGUGCUUCAGUUGUUUGCAGGCAUCUUGGAUGUGGGUCUGCAAUCAGUACCUCCAGCAAGCCUGAUUUUGCAUGAAGAACAUUACACAUCUUUCUGUCUGUAUCUGGCUGCACGAGAAACGAAACCUCUCCCUGGGAUUGUGCACAUUGGACAUGGAAACAGUCUAAAUGUCUUUUUAAUAGCAAUCUUAGUUUGAUCUGCUCAGCCCACAGGCAGCCCCGGCUGGUUGGAGCUGGUACUGCCUGUUCUGGACGUGUUGAAGUGAAACGUGGAGACAUAUGGAGCUCUGUCUGUGAUUCUGACUUGUCUCUACAAACUGCCAAUGCACUUUGCAGAGAAUUAAAUUGUGGAGAAGCCUUAUCUCUUGUGGGGGCUCACUUUGGAAAAGGGAAUGGUCAAUUUUGUGAUGAAAAGUUCCAGUGUGAGGGAAAUGAAUCUCACCUUGCAAUGUGCCCCACAGCACCACAUCCAGAAGAGACUUGUAACCCCCGCAGAGAAGCUGGCGUUGUCUGUUCUUGAUAUAUGGAUGCCCGACAUGUGAAUGGCAGAUCCCAGUGUGAAGGGCAAGUGGAGCUCAAGGUGCUCAGAUACUGGGGCUCCCUCUGUGACUACCACUGGGACCUGAAAGAUGCCAAUGUCCUAUGCCAUCAGCUCAACUGUGGGAUUGCUCUCUCAACCACAGAAGGAAAAUAUAUUGAAGAAGGAUGUGGUCAUAUUUGGAGACACAGGUUUCACUGCUUAGGGAAUGAGUAUUUUCUGGAUGCUUGUCAAAUGACAGUGCUAGGGGCGCCUUUAUGUGCCCAUGGAAACACUGUCUCUGUGACCUACACAGGAAACCAGACCCAGCCACAGCUUCCAUGCCCUGAGAGUUCAUCUGACCCAUCUUUGUCUGAAGUCUCGACAAGUAUUGAUUCCCACUGCUCAGGGAAGAAACUGCUUCACUUGGUGAAUGGAGGAGGUCGCUGUGCUGGGAGAGUGGAGAUCUAUCAUGAGGGCUCCUGGGGCACUGUCUGUGAUGACAGCAGGGACCUGAGUGAUGCCCACGUGGUGUGCAGGCAGCUGGGCUGUGGAUGGGCCAUUAAUGCUACGGUCUCUGCUCACUUUGGGGAGGGAUCAGGACCCAUCUGGCUGGACGACCUAAACUGCACAGGAAAUGAGUCUCAUCUCUGGAAGUGCCCUUCCCGGGGCUGGGAGCAGCACGAUUGCAGGCACAAGGAGGACGCAGGGGUCACCCGCUCAGAAUUCACAGCUUUGAGGCUCUACAGCGAAGUUGGAACCGAGAGCUGUGCUGGGAGACUGGAGGUCUUCUACAACGGGACGUGGGGUGGCGUUGGCAGGAGUAACAUCACAGCAGUCACAGCUGGGGUUGUGUGCAGGCAGCUGGGCUGUGCAGAAAAUGGAGUUGUCAGCCUCGCCCCUUCACAUAAAACAGGCUCUGGUUUCAUGUGGGUGGAUGGUAUUCAGUGUCCUAAUAUGCAAGUCUCCAUAUGGCAUUGUCCGUCUGGCCCAUGGGAGUGGAGAAUAUCCGGGCCAGCAGAGGAAGCCUGGAUCACAUGUGAAGAAAACAGACAGCUCCGCCUGGUGGAUGGGGGAAGACGCUGUACUGGGAGAGUGGAGAUCUUUUACCAGGGCAAAUGGGGCACCAUCUGUGAUGACCACUGGGACCUGAACGAUGCCCAUGUGGUGUGUAGACAGUUGGGCUGUGGACAAGCCAUCAAUGCCGUAUCUCAGGCUCUCUUUGGGAAUGGAUCAGGGGUCAUCUGGCUGGAUGAUGUAAACUGCACAGGACAAGAAUCCCAUGUAUGGAAGUGCCCUUCCCAGGACUGGGGGAAAAAUGACUGCAAUCACCAUGAGGACGCAGGAGUCAGCUGCUCAGGAUUUGUGCGUCUGGGUAGCAGUGAUGGACUGUGCUCAGGGCAAGUUGAAGUAUAUACUGGAACAGAAUGGACUCCAGCGUCUGAUAGGAACUUCACGUUCCCCACUGCCCAUGUCAUCUGUGCAGAGUUGGGGUGUGGCAAGGCUUUAUCUGUCCUGCAGGAUGUGCCCUUCAGAGAAACUGAUGGACAGAUCUGGACUGAAAAGUUCCGGUGUGAGGGGCAGGAAUCUGAGCUCACGUUCUGCCGCAGAGUGCCCUGUCCUAGAAGCACUUGUCACCACAGUGGGGCUGUCCACAUUGUCUGUUCAGAGUACACUGAAGUCCGGCUCGUUAAAAAUGGCAGCUCUCAGUGUGAGGGACAAGUGGAGAUGAAUAUUUCUGGAGUCUGGAGACCACUCUGUGCCUCCCACUGGAACAUGGCCAAUGCCAAUGUUGUUUGUCAACAGCUCAAGUGUGGAGUUGCCAUCUUUACCCCAACAGGAUCAUACUUUGUGGAAGGAAGGGAUCAGAUCUGGAAACACCGAUUUCACUGCUCAGGGGAUGAGUCCUUUUUGUGGAAUUGCCCUAUGACUGCCCUGGGGAUUUCUGAGUGUACAGAAGGAAACACGGCCUCUGUGAUCUGCUCAGAAAACCAGACCCAGCUGCUUCCCCCUUGCAAUGACUCCAUGUCUGACCCAGCAGACUUUGCAACCUCAGAGGAGAGUGCUACCAACUGCUCAGAGAACAGAUGGCUCCGCCUGGUGAACGGGAGCAGUAGCUGUGACGGGAGAGUGGAGGUCUACCACAAGGGCUCCUGGGGCACCAUCUGUGAUGACGGCUGGGACGUGAAUGAUGCCCAAGUGGUUUGCAGACAGCUGGGCUGUGGGUGGGCCCUCAAUGCCACGGUCUCUGCUCAUUUCGGGGAAGGAAAAGGACCCAUCUGGCUGGAUGACCUGAAAUGCACAGGACAGGAGUCCCAUGUGUGGACGUGCCCUUCCCAGGGCUGGGGGCAGCAUGACUGCAGGCACAAGGAGGAUGCAGGGGUCUUCUGCUCAGAGUCCCUGGCCCUCAGGCUGGUGAGUGAUGACCAUGACUGUGCUGGCUGGCUGGAGGUCUUCUACAAUGGGACGUGGGGCAGCGUCUGCAGAAGCCCAAUGGAGCCCACCACCCUGUCUGUGAUCUGCAGGCAGUUGGGCUGUGGGGACACUGGCGAGCUCAAUGUUUUGGCUGGUAUCAGGACACUCUCUCAGCCCCUUUGGGUGGAUGGAAUCCAGUGUCGGAAAAGUGACACCUCUCUGUGGCAGUGUCUUUCUGAUCCCUGGAACAACAGAUCAUGCUCUCCAAAAGAAGUAGCUCACAUCAUUUGUGCAGGAAACAAACCGAAGAGCUGUCCCACUGCUGCCCCCUGCACAGACAAAGAGAAGCUUCGACUCAGGGGAGGAGACACCACAUGCUCAGGGCGAGUGGAGAUUUGGCACAACGGCUCCUGGGGCACAGUGUGUGACGACUCCUGGAGCCUGGCAGAGGCCGAGGUGGUGUGUCAGCAGCUGGACUGUGGCUCUGCCCUGGAAGCCCUGCAGGAGGCUGCAUUUGGCCCAGGAAAUGGGAGCAUCUGGCUGGACGAGGUGCGGUGCAGAGGCAGGGAGUCUUCCCUGUGGGCCUGUGCUGCGCAGCCCUGGGGGCAGAACAACUGUAAGCACGAGGAGGAUGCUGGAGUGAGGUGCUCUGGUAAGAGGACAACAUCUUCCCUGACCGUUGGAGGCACAAGUUCAGGCUCAGACCCUGUCUCCGACAUCUUCUCCCUACCUGUGGUCAUCUGCCUCAUUCUGGGGGCCCUUCUCUUCCUGGUCCUUAUCUUCUUGGGAACUCAGCUGCACAGAUGGAGAACAGAGCUCCGAGUCUUAUCUAGUUUUGAAGGUGCUCUCGAUGAGGCUUUGUACGAGGAUAUUGAUGAUUACAUUUUACAACCAGAGAAGGAGGACCUGUUGGACAACUCAGGAAAACUGUCUGAUGAGUCAUUGACUAAGCUGCCAUAUUACACAGGAAACAAUGAGGAGGAUACAGAUCCUGAAUCUGUCCUAGACCCUCCAGGAAAGCAGACUGAUGCCACUGAAAAUGGUUACGAUGAUAUUGAAGAGUUACCUGUUUCUGAAAUUCCUCCUACCCCUGGAAUGAGUGAGAAGCAUUUUUUCCCAGAGGAAGGGCAUGGUACCAGGUAUUCCCAGACAGUGCUGAAAGUUUAUGACUCUCUAGUUAAGGCACGGCACAUUUUGCAUUAA